CAUAAAAUCCAAUUUAUCCUCAGAUCCUUGCGGUGUCCAAGGAUAACGCUCCACAUGAAUCUCUUCACAUCCUUCGCUGCCAACAAUGCCCUGUGGGUGAUGUGGUACAGGCUGGUCGUCCCUUAUCCUGAGAUCGUUCGCAACAACGGGGUCGGCUGCCAGCUCCUCCACGUGGUGCUCCACUACUUCCUGCUGACCAAUUACUCGUGGAUGUUGGCCGAGGGCUUCUACCUGCACACUCUACUCGUAUCCGCCUUCAUCUCCGAGGAGCGGCUGGUCAAGUGGCUCACGGGUCUCGGGUGGACUCUACCCGCUCUCUUCAUCCUGGUCUAUACCGUCCUGAGGCUCCUCUUUGGUGAUGUUGAGCAGUGUUGGAUCAACGAGAGCCCCUAUACCAACGUCCUGAUAGUGCUGGUGUGCUUCUCGAUGGCGCUGAACCUCGUGUUCCUGUGUAACAUUGUGCGGGUCCUGUUGAUCAAGCUGAGGGCUGGCCCUAGUCAUCUCGCCAACAACAGACCUUCCCGCACCCUUCUACAGGCUCUCAGGGCGACACUUUUGCUCCUGCCGCUUCUGGGACUCCACUACCUGCUCACGCCCUUCCGCCCUUUGCCAGGACACCCUUUAGAGCACUCUUACGAAGUUACUUCAGCCAUCACUGCUUCCUUCCAGGGCUUGUGUGUAGCAACGCUAUUUUGUUUCUGCAACGGAGAGGUGAUUGCUCAAAUGAAGAGGCGGUGGCAGUACUCCAGCUUCCGGCCUCGAGCCAACUCCUACACCGCCACGACGGUCUCGGUACGUCAGAAGUUAGAACAUUCGGAUGAAGUUUUGCUGUCAAGACUAUAAAAAGUUCGUGAGGUCUACGGCAGGGCCAACCACAGGAGAGGAUAACGUCUGAGCGGGUUAGGGUCCCCGCCGAGUGAAGGACAGAACGUGGAGGCUCCAGGAGCGAAACUUUGAGGACCACUCGUCACUUUCAGACUCCAGAACCUCCUGUACCUAGCGUAACUUACCGCUCACUGUCAUUAAAGUACACGAGUGCGGUCGUUCCAGCUUAGAAGAAUAACUAGAAUAUUCCCUUAUUUUGUCAUCCACCACCAUCAACUUGACUAAUGGGUAGAACUGGUUAAGCUCAGAAUUCCAGAGUAUUUCCUACGCUUUGUUUAUAAAGUACGAUGAUUACGUUUCAGUCAAAACGGCUUAAAAUUAGUUCGUCAGAGUCAUGAUGAACUAACAAUUCUUUUAUUCCGGUCGAUAAAUUCUUUGUUACUGACUCCAUUAUGUAACGCCCCCUUUUCUACCGUUACUGUAUAACGCUUGGAAUGAAAAAAGUGAGAUUUUUGGGAGGAAUUUUUACCGAAAUAUAUUAUUCAAAAUGUGGUUUCAAUUAUAAUUCCUUAACAACUAUACGUUUCAUAGGCGAGUGUGUUGAAGCCAUUUAAAACGAGAGUAUUUUCAGUGCUGAUUUCGGUUUCAAUAGAUUCUUUUGUUCCUGCAUUCCUUACACUGGAUUACAGUAGACUAAUACAGUAUGAUUUCAAGACUUAGUUAUCAAUAAAUAUAUACUUCUUUGCAUGUGUACAAAGGCACGAUUAAUAAAAUCAGGACUACACAAUUCCUUCAUACUCACUCCAAAUCCUCUAGAUAAUUAAGAAUUUAAAUAAAUUAUAAUUUUUUAUGAAUCACAUAAAGCAGUGUAUAGUAAAGCAUUUUAAUAAAAUCCAAAACAAAAUUUAGUUGGUAACAAGUUAAAAACAGUUUUGUACUUUAUUCGAUUACAGUAGACUAGUACACUAUGAUUCCAAGACUUAGUGACCCUCACUCCAAAUCCUGUAAGUACUAAGAAUUGAAAUACACCAUAACUUUUUAUGGAUCAUGUAAAGCAACAUAUAGUAAAGCAGUUUAAAUAAAAUCCAUAUCAAAUAAAAAUUAACAACAUUUUGUUAGUCACAAGUCAAAAACAUUGUUUUACUUUAUUGGGUUACAUUAGACUAAUACACUAUGAUUCCAAGACUUGGUUAUCAAUAAGUAUAUACUACUUAGCACGUGUACAAAAGCACGAUUUAUAAAAUCAGGACUAUGCAAUUCCAUUGCCUUCUCCCCAAAUCCUUUAAGUAACUAACAAUUGAAAUAAAUUAUAACUUUUUAUGGAUUACGUAAUUUUUUUAUUGAAUGGUUCAACUCGGCACUAAAGCUGGGCCAGUCUUAGUAGAGACUAACGGUAUACCAGAACUUCGUGAGAAGCAGAUUUUGAUUGUUGCGCUCAAUUUUUAUAAAUUUCUCAGAGUUUCCGCAUGUCGAGUACCCACGUGAGUUACGGUAUGAGUUAACUGGAGUACAUAACUAACUAGUCAGAGGAUGCAUCCUCAUUCAUGUUAUUACUAGGUUUAAGUUACUAGCCUGUAAGAUAGUUUUAUACGAAUGUGCUAUUGUGAGAUUUAUUUAUUGUUGGGCGACAUUUCAAAACUGUGUGAUUUUUUAUUUAAUCAUAGCAGUAACCAGUGAUGUGUAUGAGCAACGACGUAUUUUUGUAGAUGAGUUUUGUGAUCUUAUAAUAAGAGUCUAAGUAUUAUGACGUUAUUUUCAAGUGUAUCUCAAACGAUAUCGCAAUUAGUCAGUUUACUGCUAUCAUAAAAUAGUUAAGUUUGAUUUGAUCAUUUCUCCUUGUGUUCCUGUUAAAAUUUGCGACGAUCAUUUGUAAACCGUUUCUAGCGUUAUAGAUUAUACAUUCUGUGUUACAGAUUGAGCCCUGUACGGAUCCAGUGUAACAGUGUUAUGUAUGCAACUUAUGUUUUCAUGGAUAUUGUUUUCCAUCUCGCUUGCACUAAUAGGUUUUGUAUUUUAUCGUUUGAAUACGUACAACAUAUUCCUUCUCACCAUAAAUGAGUACCCAAGGUCAUGCCGCUGGCAAGCUUUAGUUGUACAUCCGAAACCAAUGUGAUAUAUCUUAUGAGCAUAUGAUAUAGUUGUUGCGUGUAUUGCUUUAUUUUAAUUGUUAUGCGAUGAAAUAUAUAAUUUUAUACUGC